AUGUCUCAAAGACGCUACACAACUGCUGAAAAGGGGAAGGGUGUUGCUCAUAAUAAUGCUGAUGCAGGCCAUAGAAGAAUCAGAGCCCCUAGUUUCGACAACUCUGCUCUCAUCCAACGAAAUCAGCAAACUCUCAUUGGACGUCUGACGAACCCAAGAUAUCAAUCGAUACCACAAAUCCUAGAAGAGCUCCCACGCAGUUGGACCUUAAAAGGAGUUGCUUCGGGUUCUGACCUAGGUCAUGACCGCUUCCAGUUCAGGUUCGAUAGAGAGGAUGACAUCCUCAGUGUGCUUAGCAACAGGCCAUACCACCUGAACGGUUGGAUGAUAAUCUUACAACGAUGGGAGCCAAUCAUCUCUCCAGACUUCCCAUCUCAGAUCCCGUUCUGGAUCGACAUCAAGGGCCUCCCACUCCAUUUCUGGCACGAGAAAGUAAUCUACAACAUAGGGCUAGAGCUGGGGACCCUAGACGACUACGCUAUAACCCAAACAGCGAUGAGAAUGAGGAUCUCCCUCAAUGGACUGCAACCUAUCAUCACAGACACUAUCGUAGAUUUCGAUACUGGAGAGGAGGCACCUGUUACCCUUGAGUACGAGGGAUUGCAGAACUUUUGCUCUUUCUGCAACUGCCUCACUCACUACGCAAAAGAUUGCCCGGUAAACCCGAGAAGAGAAACUCCCUCCAGUAGAGAUCUCACAGCGCGCCCCUCCUUUGAAAUGGAUAACCGUAGAAAUCCCCCUCGUAGAGAAACACGUUAUCAACCAUAUCCUCCGAACAGUCGUCAGGACCCCACCGCGAAGGAGGGAGAGUACCAACGCCGCCUAGAUCGUCAUGGACGACCUUUUGGAGAGCGCAUCUCUCAUUCCAGAGAGUCGGCAAGACCGAUACGAAACAAGAUCACUCCAGCACCUCUACCACGACUGCAGAGUGUUACAACUGACAGAGCCGCACGUGCUGAGAAGAACCACAACUUGGAACCUACGGGACAGAACACAAGAAGUUUGGUUGACUACAGAGAUAUCACAAACCCUUACGAAAACCAAAUGAUCUGGCGAGAAAAGAAGAAAACUCAACAAUCACCUUUGGCUGAUAACAAUAUCGAUGAUCCUAGUACUCCAGCUCCUGAACUUAAUCACCAGCCAACAGAGUACACGCGCUCCUUGGAGAGAAACUUAGCCUUAAGCGACUUCCCACAUGCUGCUGGAAUCCCAUCGAGGGAGGAGGUGAUCCAAGAGCUAGUCGAUGUAACCAUCCAGUAUACAAACUGCCCAGACCCGGUAGAAAGAGAAGCAAGACGACACAGAGUGCUACAGAGUAAUGCAGAUGGCAUAAUGGAGAGGACGGCUGACUCCAUCAUUGCAGCAGCAUCGAGAGCAGCUCUCAACGAAACACAAGUUGUGAUGCCGGAGACCAGUGUACCUAUCUUGCUCCCGGGGCCUGGAAUGGAGAUACCAAAGCGUAGAGGCAGACCUCCGAAGGAAAAAAGACAAACUCCCAAAACGAAGGCCCUCAGUGGUGUGGGUUCACGUAAGCGCCAUAUUACAGCUGCACGUAACUCUCCUGCUAGACACGCAAACUCAACACCUAAGCAAGGACAAGCUUCAUCCUCCAACGCCAGAAACACCCCUCAAACAAAUGAUGGGAGACCAAAAACAGUGCUUAUACCUGCAAGUGUGAAACCUCAGAAGGAUUUUCACACCCAAGAGCCUCCUCUUCCUUAG